AUGAAGGUCGUUGCACUUGUUAGCGGCGGCAAAGACAGUUGCUACGCCAUGAUGAAGUCCAUUCACUAUGGCCACCAGAUUGUUGCGUUGGCGAAUUUGAUGCCGGUUGAUGAUUCCGUUGACGAGCUUGAUAGCUACAUGUUUCAAACGGUUGGGCAUCAAAUUAUCAUCAACUAUGCCGAAUGUAUGGGAUUGCCAUUGUUUAGGAGGCGAAUACAAGGAUCCUCAAGGCAUCUAGAGCUUGGUUACAAAACAACUCAAGGUGAUGAAGUUGAAGAUAUGUAUAUUUUAUUACGCGAAGUGAAAAGGCAGAUACCCUCAGUUACUGCUGUGUGUUCUGGAGCCAUUGCAUCUGACUAUCAGAGACUGCGGGUAGAAAGUGUAUGUUCAAGGUUAGGCCUUGUUUCUCUUGCAUACUUAUGGAAACAAGACCAGUCCUUGCUCCUCCAUGAAAUGAUUGCAAAUGGAAUAGUAGCUAUAACUGUAAAGGUAGCUGCCAUGGGUUUGGAUCCUGCGAAGCACUUGGGUAAAGAAUUAGCCAUGUUAAAUGCUUAUUUGCAUAAAUUGAAAGAGGCAUAUGGAAUCAAUGUUUGUGGUGAAGGAGGGGAGUAUGAAACAUUGACCCUAGAUUGCCCGCUCUUUAUUAAUGCUCGCAUUGUGCUCGACAAAUAUCAAGUUGUGAUGUACUCUUCAGACUCCAUAGCUCCCGUGGGAGUCCUUCAUCCCUUGGCAUUUCAUUUGGAAAAUAAGGCAGACAUUCAGUGUUUAAAAACAGUAGACAAAAUACACGAGGGUCGUACGCAGAACCUAGGACCUGUGUUCGAAGUGCAUGAUAGUCCAGAAAGUUUGGAAGCCACAUGCAAGCCUCUUGAUUUCACGGAUCAAAUCGAUGGUGUAGAACAUAAAUUUAAGAUUUCAAAAACAAAUAACAAGAGCACGUUCUCAAUAGGUUGCUGGUUGCAAGGUUCAUGCAAUGCAGGUUUGCAGGAAGAUUUAACAAUUGUUUUGAGAAAAAUUGAAUCACAACUAGAAGGCUUUGGUUUUGGCUGGGAGAAUGUUCUCUAUAUUCAUCUUUACAUUGAUGACAUGAAUAAGUUCUCCGAGGCAAAUGAGACAUAUGUGAAGUUUAUAACACAUGAGAAGUGCCCAUUUGGCGUCCCAUCCCGUAGUACAGUUGAAAUGCCUCUAGUUGAAAUGGAUUUUAGUAGAGCAUAUAUGGAAGUUUUGGUAUCGAAUAAUAAAGAUAAAAAGGUUUUGCAUGUACAAAGUAUUUCCUGUUGGGCGCCUAGUUGCAUUGGGCCAUACAGCCAGGCAACCUUACAUGAGGGUAUACUUCUCAUGGCUGGUCAACUGGGGCUUGACCCUCCUACAAUGAAUCUUUGCAGUGGGGGCCCUGGGGUUGAACAUGAACAGGCACUAAAAAACAGUGAAGCAAUAGCAAAAUCUUUUAGUUGUUCAAUAUCGACAUCUGCAAUUGGUUUUGUUAUCUACUGUUCUAAAAAUAUCUCUUCAUUGGAUAGACUCGAUAUCGAGAAGAAACAAGAAACAAUCCUCAGACAAAUGAAGAUAUCUGAUUUACAGGAAGGCAAGAAGUACAAAGCAUUAGAACCCAUAACCCUUUAUGUUCUUGUUCCUGAUCUACCUAAAAGAGCAUUUGUAGAAGUGAAGCCUAUUCUUUACGUCGAGGAUGGCGCAGAUGCAGCAAUUGAGACCAUAACAGAAAUACCUUGUUCAAAGACAUCAUGUUAUUGGGGUUUCGAGCAGGAAAAUUGGCAUGAUUCUUGCAUUCAGAAAUGUGUGAUUCCUGGAAAGAUAUGUGCCAUUAUAUUAUCUAUCACAAGCGAGCUUGCUGCAAAGAUAUGUUCUGAUUCUCUGCCUGCUGAUUAUGUCAAUGAUAAUGGUCAACAUUCUCUAUCUAAAGCACAUAUGGAGCAGUUAUCAAAAUUCUGCAUUUAUCUUCUUGACAAAGCUAUAACAGAUAACAACUUUGCCUGGGAAGAUAUAAUGAGUUUGAGGUUCUACAUCCCGGUAAGCCUUCAAAUGUCAGUCGAGCUAAUACAACCUAUGUUCAGCAAUGCACUUUUUGAACUCUCUGAAAUGAAUAAAAGGAAAGUUAAAAAUUGUGAGGAGCCGAUCUUCAACAUAGUUCCCGUCAUAGGUGCUGGGCGGUCUGCUUCAUCCAUGGACGAUGUAGUGACCUGCGAAUUACUAGCUCGGAAAUCCUGA